AUGGUAUCUCCGUAUGCUCGGGCUGUAGUAGUAGUAGUAGUAGUAGUAGUAGUAGUAGUAGUAGUAGUAGUAGUAGUAGUAGUAGUAGUAGUAGUAAAAUUCAAUACAGACUCUGUAUCCUCACUCUUGAGUCUUUCUUCCAUCGUAUCGGCCGGAUGCACUUGUUACCGAUCAAGUACUGACGGCACAACCAACUGUCCGCCGUCGACUGGUACAGUUCUCUUGCAGUACAAUUCUUAUUUUCACUUUUCGUCAGGCUCGGACUCGACUCGACCCGACCCGACUCGACUCGACCGGACUCGACUCGACCGGACUCGACUCGACUCAACUCGACUCGACGCGACUGAUUUACUUGGCUUUGGGCAAAACCCCUUCACCCCACUCGCAUUACUGACGCCGUCCCGAGAGGAUAGACAGAUAGCUACGGAGCAUUCUGCAACAACCAUGGCUACCCCGCCAGCCCCCGCGCAAAUCCCUUUCGAGGACUCCAUCGAGGCUAUUGAUUUCGCAAACCCACAAUCGCCAGGCUCUACCGACGAUGAGGAUGAAUCGCCGUUACCAAGCCCGACCAAAGAAACCCCAAAUGGCCCUCGUCUCCCCUCACUGCGACCCGCCCUCGGCCCUCAAGGAACCACUUCGAUGACUGCUUCCUCGACACCCCUCGGCCUCCUCAACAACGCGCGAAAACCACCCGCUGCAGCGAGCAUGUCGAGUGCGCGGACUGGACAGAUGCCGAUGGCACAAAGCAUAGAGCAGAAGAUGAAGGCAUUCCACCUCACAAGACAAGGCGCGCCACCGACUCGCCCAGGCGUUGGUGGACCCUCACUGUCUGCCGGCCCAGGACCCGUACCCGAAAAACCUAGGUUCGGCGGCGGACCAGCUUUUGCAGGCUUGCCUGGCGGCUUACAGAUGCCACCGAGCAUGCGUCCAGUAGCCCAUAACUUCAACUCCGCUCCCGCAGUCCCGAAGAUGCCUGCGAAGGGUGGCGGGUUGAGCGCACGACGAGGUAUGAAACUACCAGGAGGAUUACCGGGUGCAGGGACAGACACCCCAAGUACACCCAAUAUCAAUGGCGACUCAGGCGUUCCAUCCCGCGGGACCGGGACUGCGUUCGACAACUUCACGGAGUUUCUCGACACCAAGAAUGGGACUUUGAAGUUCAAGGGCAAGGCAAUCAUUGGUCGUGAUGGUAUUGAUUUCAGUUCCGGCAAUACCUUCAAGAUCUCGCUGGACGAGGUGGAUACAUUGGAAGAGCUGGGCAAGGGAAACUACGGGACGGUCUACAAAGUUCGUCAUUCGAGACCUCGGAUGCGUAGACCCGGACUCGGAUUGGCGGGUAAUAAGUUUCCCUCCUCCAUGUCAACAGCCUCCCUGAAGGACAUGCCCUCGGAGAUUUCGCCCCAGGACAUGGGCUCGACCACUGGAGUUGUUAUGGCUAUGAAGGAGAUCAGGCUGGAGCUUGAUGAGGCCAAGUUUGCAAACAUCAUUAUGGAGCUUGACAUUCUUCACAGAUGUCUAAGUCCUUACAUCAUCGACUUCUACGGAGCUUUCUUCCAAGAAGGUGCAGUCUACAUCUGCAUCGAAUUCAUGGACGGCGGCUCUAUUGACAAGAUCUACGGAGAUGGUAUUCCAGAGGGGGUCCUAAGGAAGAUCACAUAUGCCACGACUCAGGGGUUGAGAACACUGAAGGAGGACCACAACAUUAUCCACCGAGAUGUGAAGCCCACCAAUAUCCUGGUCAACACAAGAGGUCAAGUCAAGAUUUGCGAUUUCGGUGUGAGUGGAAACCUGGUUGCCAGUAUUGCCAAGACGAAUAUUGGCUGCCAGUCUUACAUGGCUCCCGAGCGGAUCUCUGGCGGUGGGAUGAGUGCGUCGGGAGCCCCUGGCGGCACUUACAGCGUUCAAAGUGAUAUCUGGAGUUUGGGGUUGAGUGUCAUCGAGUGUGCGAUUGGAAGAUAUCCUUACCCACCUGAGACAUACAACAACAUCUUCUCGCAAUUAAGCGCAAUCGUAGAUGGCGAGCCCCCCGGUCUCCCAGAGGAAGGUUACUCCGCCAUGGCCCGCGACUUCGUUCGUGGCUGCCUGCACAAGGUUCCCAAGCUCCGGCCCACGUACUCCAUGCUGCUCGCCCACCCCUGGCUUGCCGGCCUCUCUAAACCGCUUACCAUCUCCGAAGAAGACGAAGACCAAGAACCCGCGUCUCCCGUCUCCGGCAGCGAGGCCCCGAAGAAGGAAAUGGGCGCUGGUAGAGGCACCGAAGACGAGGAGGUGGCGGAGUGGGUCAAGAAUGCCAUGGAGCGCAAGAAGAAUGGACUGAUGGGCGAGAGCGCAAAGCCGGCUCUGCAUGCGGCACCGCUGGUUGGGCAGGCUGCGACUCCAGAGUAG